AUGGGCGACCACAUCCUCCAGAGCGGCAACUUCGAAGUUAGCGGAGGCCACACGCUCCACUGGCAACUAUGGGGCAAGAAGGACGGAAUACCCGUAGUCUGCUUGCACGGCGGACCAGGCGCUGGUUUUCAAGAUUCUCACAAAUCCGUCUUCGACCCUGAGCGACAUACAGUGCUCCUAUUCGACCAGCGAGGAUGUGGGAAGAGCAAACCGUACGGCUCCACGAAAGAGAACACCACGCCCAACCUGGUGGCCGACACCUGCAAACUGAUGGACCAUGUCGGUUUCGAGACCGCACACAUCGCCGGCGGGUCUUGGGGGUCUGCGCUAUCCCUCAUCUUCGCCAUCGCGCACCCGGAACGGACGCGAAGUCUUCUGAUAUGGAGCGUCUUCCUCAUCCGUCCGUUCGAAAAUGCCUGGGUCAACGAGGGAGGCCCAAGAAAUCUUUUCCCGGACGAGUGGAAGCGGUUCAUCUCGAACGUGCCCGCGGAUGUUCCCAAGGACAGCGACUCGAUCAUGCGGUUUUACCAAGAGAAGAUCUUUUCGGACGACGAAGAGAUCGCGUCGAAAUACGCCUUGGAAUGGACGCUCUGGGAGGAAUGCCUCAUCACCAUCACGUACAACCCUGACACCCUCGAGGCCGAAGUGCGUGAAGACCCCAACGCCGUCUCGAUCGCCCGACUGGAGCUAUAUUACUUCUUGAAUGGGUGCUUCGUGCCGGAGAAUCAUAUCUUGAACAGCAUUUCCAAGAUCCAACAUAUUCGGUGUCAGGUCGUGCAGGGACGCUUCGAUAUGUGCACGCCUGCUGUUAGUGCGCAUGAUCUCCGCGAUGCGUAUGGGGACAAGUUGUCGUUGAAGGUGGUUAAUUCUGGGCAUUUGCGAUCGGAUCCGGAGAUGGCACCCGCACUUCAGCGAGCAGCGAGCAGUUUUGAGUGA